AUGAAUGUAAUCUGGGUGUUCGUCUUGUGUGAGCACUUUGCACAAACAACACAUACACUUAAAAGCAUUGAUAGUUUAAACCCUUUAAGUGAUGAUUCAUCUUCUUCUUUUGAUUUUUCAGAAUCAACCAAUUUUGCAAACACAAGUUCAAGCGAAACCCCAACAACAGAAAAAUGUGGAGACUUCUAUGGACAAAUUGUUGGAGUUACUGGAGCAAGUGUCAUACAAGUCGACUGCCAAAUAACACGUGUCGCACUUUCAAACAACUUUUCACUCACUUUCGCAAACGGUGUGGAACUCGAAGUUUCAGAAACGAUUGAUCUUAUUGACAAUUCUGUGCUCACGGUGUAUUCAAGUGUUUUAGAUGUGACAAAAGGUGUGACUCUCAUCGACACCAGCAAGUAUGCAGAACUUGUUGUUGAAGACAGUACACUCACUGUCGAAAAUUCAUUCUCCACGUAUACUGCAGGAAGUAUCACACUGUCAGGCAACACUACUCUUUAUUCUGGAACUUUUAACAUUCUACAAGACUCCUCUUUAGUUGUCCAAAACACUCCAUACAUCCAACCCACUAAAAGUUUUAACAUAGCAGGAAUAUCAUUUCUUUCAACAGGGAGUCCUACUUAUACAAUAAACCCAACGACAUCAUCAAAGGUGUUUAAUAUUCACUCCAAAUGCAUCUUUUCAAUUGAAGACGACUCUCUGAUACAAUGUGAUAACUUUGCAGUCUUCGAAACAGCUUCGGGGUCUUUGAGUGGAAAUGUGAAAGUGUUACCAAAGAGUAAUUUUCAAGUUUAUAAUUCUGCUGAGUUAGUGUUAAAAAAUACGGUUUCUGUCAUUACUAAAACCCUUUAUGUGUUUAAUAACGGGAAUUUGGUUGUACAAGAUAAUAGCUCAAUUUUAUGUUCAUCAAAUUUUAAAGCAAGCGACAGUGCGUUCAUACAAAUCAUGGGAAACGCAGUAAUUUCGUUUGUAUCAACGACAUUCACCAAAGCUCCUGUUAUUGAAAUGUACAAUUCAAGCGUUUUUAAGGCAACUCAACAAUUCACUCCAACAGAACAAACAUUUGUUACUAUGUACAAUCACAGUUCUAUUCAAACAUUGUAUGUAAAUUUAAAAGGAGAUGCACAACUUAUUAUGAAUGACAACUCUUCUAUUGUUUCAUCAUCAAAUAUUAGAACAUAUGAUCAAAGCAUUUUAGAAAUUAGGGAUUCGACACAUAUAACAUGCAAAGGAUAUUUUCAAGUCCAACAGAGUGCCAAACUUAUAAUGUUUAAUUAUUCAAUACUUAACAUUAAAAAUCACUUACUACUUACAGAUGAUGGUGUUUUGGAAUUAAAAGACGAAACAAAAAUGACAACACCAAUUAUGAACUUGAAAGCAAAUGGUUUAAUCGUGUUGUCAGGAAAAUCAGUUCUGAAUAUAACAACUUUAAUAAAUGGAUUGGAAUAUUCAGAAAUUGAGGUGACUGAACAAAGCAUUUUAGUCACUCCAUAUUUUAAUUUAACAAAUUCGAAGAUUUCACUUGCAAGCCAAAAAUUAUUUGCAAGUGUGAAUGUGGGUUAUUUCAUGUCUACAAAUGGAUCCGUUUUUUCAGAAGGAAAUUCAUAUUUUGAAGUCGACACUUUUAAUGUUACUUUAAAUUUACUCCAAAAUGUGAAUAGAGACGUGUUCACUUAUCCCCUCUUUGACGUGCAAAAUGUCGAACAAAUUAACAUCUCGACAAUCGAGUCUUCUUCUGAUUUUGAUAUUAUCACAAGUCACACAAUCAUAACAACUACUAUUCCUAGUGGUACACAUUUACUCCAAGAUGGUAAAUUGCUGCGAUAUGGAAAUUCUGAAAUGAUAUACUGUCAUAUGAAAUUCAACACGAUUCGUGACGAUGCAUAUGAAGAACCACAUUGUCCUUGUUACGGAGUUAAUUGCACUUUAGUUCCAAACAGCGACUUUAGCGAGGUUUUUAUAAAUGACAACAACACAUUUGUUAAUCUCCAAUCGACAACUACAACUCAACUGGUUUUUGGAGAGAACGUGGACGAUGCCCAUGUCAAAAUUUCUAAUCAACUCACCAUAAAGUUUUCUUCGGACUUUUCGAAUCAAAGCGUUGAUAUUAUAAACAGUACGUUCAAUGCAACACAAACAAGUUUUACUAUUGGAGAAUACAAAAUGUCGAUUAAGUCCUUAAACGUUAAAGAUGUUGUUGUUUAUUUACACGGAAAAGUUAACCCAAAGAAAAUACAAAUAGAACAGUCUACUAUUCCCAUGUUAUUUAUGUCUGAUAAUGGAUUUCUUGUGGAAAUUAAUGAAACAAGCAAAGUAUUUUUAAUUGUGUAUUAUAACAACGGUCAAUUAGAGUUCCACAAAGAGACGAUUCCAUACUGUGAAAAAGGGUAUAUUCUUGAGAAUAAUUUGUGCCAAAAAGAUGUGAACUGUAAAAUGAGUAAUGGUGAAUCAUGUGUGAAGUGUUACGAUGGGUAUAAAGCAGAAAAGAAACGAAGGUGUUAUGUCCCCGACAACCAUUGUCAAUUGGAGUUCGAUAAUAAUUGCAAAUUGUGUUCACCAAAUGAUACUUAUGUUAACAAUUCGUGGAGCUGUGAUAAGAAAGUUUCGAAUUACAAAACAAAGGACAACAAUAAAAUCAUCACUUGUUUGUCUGGGUUUUAUUUAACAAUAAGUGGGUGUAGUAAAUGUAAUGAACUCGAGCCAAAUUGUAAAUAUUGUGACAAUGAAAAGUGCACCGUUUGUGAUGAUAAAUACGAAUUUAAUUCAACACUUAAUUGUGUUUUGAAAGAGUGUUACAGUACGGAACCAGUUCAAAAAGACGAGAACGGGAAAUGCGACUUGAAACAGGAACAAUGCAAACGAAUAGUGAAUGGAAUUUGUGUGGAGUGCACAACAGGUCACUUCAAAAAUUCAUCUCAUUAUUGUAACAAUUACAAAGAUGAAAAUUGUACAACACAACACACAAAAGGUUGUACAAGGUGCAAAGACUCUUUUUAUUAUAAUUCAUCAACUGAACAAUGUGAUGUAUGUGAUACAAAUUGUUUGACCUGUUAUAACAAGGCAGACUUCUGUACUUCAUGUGAAGAUGGGUAUUAUUUGAGUGAAAAUAAGUGUAUUUUGAAUACAAUUUUGAAAGAAAAAUGUGAUACUCUUUCGGUGAAUGGUCGUGGGUGUUACUCGUGCAAAUCUGGCUAUUAUAGAGAAAAGUUGGACUGUGAGCCAUGCUCGAUUUCUUGUUCCACUUGUAUAAAUGGGUUAAACUGCAUACAAUGUAAUACAUCCAAUUAUCAGAUAGACACGGGUGAGUGUGUUUCAAGAAGUUCGUUGAUUGGUUGUGGAGUAGACGUGACAUCUGUUGGUUGUACACAAUGUGCUGAUGGAUAUUAUUUAGUACGUGGUAAUCAAUGUGCAAAGUGUUUUACAACGUGUACAACGUGUGAGAGUCAAGACGUGUGCCAUUCAUGUGUUGAAAGUUACAUACUAAUUAAAGGCACAUGUGUCCACUUUGAAAGUGUUGAAAAGUGUCUUCAUAGUUCAAACUCCAAAUGUGAUAAAUGCACAUUUUGGAGAAGUCCAAGUAAUGAUGGAUCAUAUUGUGUGUAUCAUAUCAAGUGGUGGUUAUUGUUAGUGUUGAUUCUCUUCAUCAUAACAGUUUCCAUUUUUAUUAUAUUUGUUGUAUACAAAGUGAGCAAUUUAAUCAUGAAAAAGCGGCACAUCAAAGAGCUCAAAAAGAACAUUCAUAUUAACAAAAUCAAACGACUUGACAUCGAUUUGAUAUUACUUAAAGGUGGAGUUUGUGUAGAUAAAAAUGUUGUCGAUUUCACAGAUGAAAGUGGACCGAUUCCAGUCGGUGUGGAAACAGUGCAAUUCUUGAAUGUCGGCAACACCACUUCCAAGUCGAUGAAAAUACAAAUAACAACAGCAAAUUCGACCGAGAAACUGAAGAUGAGAGUCGAGCCGCCAAUUGUUUGUAUUCGUAAAGGCGAAAUAUGUGAGUUUAAAAUAUGCAUAACUCCUCAAUUUACAACAAAUUUGGACAACGAACACAUUGCCAUUAUCACAUACAGUAUGAAAACAGAUUUGGAAACAGUCAACUCAAUUCCAAUCAAAGCAGAAACACAAGCGUCUUAUCGACUCGACCCAGAAGACAUUAUUGAUGGGAAAAAGAUCGGGGAAGGUGCAUUUGGUAUUGUGUUGAAAGGGUUUUAUAGGGGGAAUGUUGUAGCUCUUAAAAAGUUAAAGCAGAGGAUCUACUGCAUUGAUAAUGAUGAAUUUGACAAUGAACUGAACAUGCUUGAAAAGUUUAAUUCCGACUACGUCAUUCAUUACUAUGGGGCUGUGAUCGUUCCCAACAAAGUGUGUGUUGUCACUGAAUUCGCAGAAUUUGGGGGAUUUGGUGACGUCAUGAAAAAACAUAAAAGCGACUUUCUUUGCGAUAAAAUGCGAGUGAAGAUCAUGUUGGACGCCUCAAGAGGAAUUGAGUAUUUACACAACAAUGGCGUGUUACAUAGAGACAUCAAACCAGACAAUAUUUUAGUUGUUUCUUUAGAAGAAGACAUAACAGUUAAUGGGAAGCUCACUGAUUUUGGAUCAUCAAGAAACUUUAAUAUGUUGAUCACUAAUAUGACAUUCACAAAAGGAAUCGGCACACCAAAAUAUAUGGCUCCUGAGAUGAUUGGAAAGAAGAGGUAUAAUAUGCAGACGGACAUAUACUCAUUUGCUGUCACAAUGUAUGAGACUUUUGGGUGGUGUAAUAUCUAUACAGAAGCUCAAUUCAAAUUUCCAUGGAACGUCGUCGAUUUUGUAUUGAAAGGGAACAGAGAAUCUAAGCCGGAUGGAAUGAAGGUGGAGAUGUAUUCGCUUAUUGAAGAUUGUUGGAAACAGGAUCAAGAAGAUAGACUCAAAAUAUCCGAAGUUGUUGCGCGGCUUCAAGCUAUGUAUGAUUUGUUUUAG